ACCGUCGUCAUAAAACCGUACGGUACUUCAUUUAAUUCCUUUUUUAGCCCUAAAUAACUCAACUGAAUAAAUAUAUUUAAAACCGUUUAUGAAUUUGGCCAUUUAAGUAACGUUCACUAACAGAGCUGAAGAACAGUCUUGAAUGCGACUCGAGGGUCAGUGAAUGUUUACAUCACGAUGGUGACCGUAGUGGAGCUUCUGAGCCUCCUGCUGGUGUCCGUGCUGUGGGGCUGCACUAACCCUUUCCUGAAGAGAGGCACAGAGGGGAUAGAACAUGUGCAACACAACAACAGAGUCUCACAGAUACUGGCUGAAGUCAAGUUUCUUUUCCUAAACCUCAAGUACCUUGUCCCAUUUCUCCUGAACCAGAGUGGCUCUUUGGUCUACUAUUAUACACUUUCCACCACAGAGAUAUCGCUUGCUGUUCCUGUGGCCAACUCUCUCACCUUCCUUUGCACUCUGCUCACUGGCAAGUUACUGGGUGAAGAGUUUGGAGGCAAACAGGCUGUCGCGGGAAUGUUUCUCACCAUGGCUGGCAUCACUCUGUGUGUUAUAAGCUCCAUUGAUGACACUGGGAAGCAGAAUAUGACCCAGGCUGCACACUAACGGAGAUUAAAACAAAUUCUCCUAUACCUUCAAGUGAUUCCUCGGCAGGGGAGGAAAGGCGGCCAAAGCGGAUUCGGAGCGGGACUAGAGGGGGCAAUUUAGAUUCAGACAGCGACUCCUCAGAGCAACGCUUCUGGGGGGAGAAUAGUGUCUAAAUGAACUCAGUGUGAGCUUCAAAAGACCUGUCCAGAAACGUUAACGCCGAGUUGAAGGGAAAUCGGGUUCAUGGAGGGUUCAACUCAAGACUCGACUAGAUUUAUGGUGUUUGCAUAGAAGUUGGUGGUUGUUAACUUUUACUUUUAAGUACUCCCCGCCAUGUGACUAGCAUUUAUGAUUAUGCCAUAGAGACCACAUGCAAUUUAAGUCUGGGGGUUUGAAACGGACCAAUUAGAUGUAACCUCCUGGUUUAACGAGGACAUUUUACUGCAGCUGCUUUCUGUCCGCUGUGCUGUGUGUUUGGGGAAGAGCAGGACACAGGGAAGGACAAAUUGCUGUUUUGCUGGAGGAUAACACUGUUUUUCAUUUACUCAUUUUCCCAGCUGCCUUGUAUACAUGAUGUAUUACAGUUAGAUUAGUUCUUUGUGAAGGAAGAUUAACAAGGAUUUAGUGGUUUUAAUAGUGAGUUACCCUGUUGUGUGCUCUGUGAACAUGUCUGAACAAGUUGUACAGAUUUCAGAAAUAACAGAACAUAGUAAUAUAUUUGUUUUAUUGUCACAGUAUUUAUUGAGACAAAACUUUGUACAGACGACUUUGUUAUUGUUGCAUAUAUCCAGUUUAUGUAAGGCUGAUAUCUUAUUAAUAAAUUGUUGGCAAAACACAA